AUGACUGCUCAUAACGCCCUACCCUCCGGCUUCAGGGAAGUGGAGGUGCUGGCUGUGGGGACAGUGCUGCUAUUGGAAGCUCUUUCAGGUCUCAGUCUCAAUAGCCUGACCAUCUUCUCUUUCUGCAAGAACCCAGAGUUACGGACUCCCAGCCAUCUACUGGUGCUGAGUUUGGCUCUGGCCGACAACGGAAUCAGCCUGAAUGCCCUUGUUGCAGCCACAUUCAGUCUUCACUGGAACUGGCCCUUGGGCCCAGACGGCUGCCAGGCUCAAGGCUUCCAGGGCUUUGUGACUGCCUUAGCCAGCAUCUGCAGCAGUGCGGCCAUUGCCUGGGGCCGCUACCACCAUUACUGCACCCGCAGCCAGUUGGCAUGGGACACGGCCAUCAUCUUGGUGCUCUUUGUGUGGUUCUCCUCUGCCUUUUGGGCAGCACUGCCUCUCCUGGGCUGGGGCCACUAUGACUAUGAACCACUAGGGACAUGCUGCACACUGGACUACUCUAGGGGGGACAGAAACUUCAUCAGCUUCCUCUUCACCAUGGCUUUUUUCAACUUCCUCCUGCCUCUCUUCAUCACAAUCACAUCCUAUGGCCUGAUGGAGCAGAAACUCAAGAAGACAGGCCAUCCCCAGGUGAAUACCACGCUGCCUGCCAGGAUACUGCUGCUCGCCUGGGGCCCCUAUGCUCUCCUGUACUUCUCUACAGCCAUCAUGGGUGGAACGUUCAUCUCUCCCAAGCUGCAGAUGAUCCCUGCUCUCAUUGCCAAAAUGGUGCCCACAAUCAAUGCCCUCCACUAUGGCCUUGGUAGUGAGAUGGUGCCGAGGGGAUUCUGGAGGUACCUCUGGCUACGGGGGCAUGAGCAGAAGUGA